AUCCAAAUGUCAAAUGAUUUGUCAACAACACACGUCGACGUCGUCAUCGUCAAUAAACUCGAUUUUUAUUAUUCAUUCGAAAUUUUCAAGUUAUUUUCUUUGUUCCUAUCCCUAGCUAGUGCUGCACUGUGUGUAAAUUACUCAUAUUCAUGAGCUGAAGAUGCCUACAAGUGACAGCGAGGGGUUUGAGAGUGCCGAUGAGGGGAUCCCUGGUGUUGCUGAGAAGAAGGGAAGAAAGACACGUUUCUCGUCGUCCAACUACAGCGACAGUGCACCGGAGUCUGACCAUGAGCUCAAGAAGCCUUCAGUGCCCUUAGCUGAAGCGAACAAACCUGCUAAGCAGAAUGAAGAAUCUAAAGAUGGCUGGGAGGACUUUGAAGUUGAUGACGAAGAACCAAUAGUCCCUGCAAAAACUAAAGAACCACCUCCUAAACCUAUCAAAUCUGCCCCAUUGAAACUAGGGGCUGGUCCAAAACCUGGUAAUGAUCAUAAGGACAGUAAGAAGUCGGGAGAUACUGGCUGGGAUGCCUUUGAUGAUGAUUGGGGUCAAGAUGAUGAGACAAACAAUGCACCUAAGGACUUACCCAAACCUGAUGAGCCUAUAAAGCCAGAAAUCAAAUCUGUGGCAGACCGUUUAGCCGCAGCCACAGGGAAGGAGGAGAGUGGGGGGUGGGGCUGGGGCGGCUGGGGUGUUGACUCCUUGCUCAGCAGCGCCACCGCCGGCAUCACCACGCUCACCAACCAGGUGUCUCAGGGCAUAACCACAGUCCUUGAGAGUGGUAUAGGGGCCCCGGAUCCCGCGGAGCUCGCGAGGCAAAAUGCUGAGCUCCAAAGAGCGCAAAGCGGAGACAGUGAACCUAAUACCACUAAAAGCAGUGAAGACAAGCAGCACAGAACCGAGGCCCCAGACUCUCGAGCCAGCGAGGGGGAUGCUUCAUUCCCGUUCGGGAGUCUCAUCUCGGGUGUCACCAAGUUUGUUGAGACCACUGGUACAAAAGUGAUAUCAGGUGGUCUGGACACAUUAGAAACGAUUGGGAAAAAAACAAUGGAAGUGUUACAAGACGGCGACCCAGGCUUGGCGAAGAAACGAGCUAUGUUGGGUCUAGAUCCAGGUGAUAAGCCGGUCCUAUCGCAACUCCUGAGAGAAGCCAAGGAGAGGGCUGAUGAAGAAGAUCAGGUGAGGGAAGAAAAGCGUGAAGCCAAGGAAGUGCACUAUGAGACUCUGUUUGAUGAUUAUGAAGGUCUAGUGCACCUGGAAGCUCUAGAGCUGCUGUCGCGGCAGGUCAGCAUGAGGAUCGACGAGCGGCUGCGCGCGUCAGACGCUGACAAGCGCCAGGACAUCAAGGAGACGCUGCAGCAGGUCGCAGAACUAUGCGAGCUGCCAGAAGACGAAGAUGAUGAUGAAGAGACACCAGCCGAGGGUUCCAAGGAGGAUGUGUUCCACGAGCGACUUCAGGAGGCCACGAGAGACCUGGGACUGAAGUUGCACUUCUCACCUCUUGUCAAACGAUACACAGAGGCUCUAACCUCCCUAGAAGCCACAACAGACGCCAAAGCCCUAUACAAGCAGUGUGCACAAACCCUGGCGCAUCUGACAGCGUUAUGCAUGGAGUUAUACCACAAAACUGCGGAGAUGCUACUGGUGAAGAAACGGAGGUCGUCGGCUGAUGAAGCUGACGCUCUAGCGAGAAUGACAGUGGUGCUUACGAAACAAAUUGGGGAAAUUGCUACCAUGUUUACUGAGAAAAUCAACUCGCUGCCGUCUGAAAACAAGGAACAAAUUAACAAUUAUAUUACGAAUGUCUUCUUGGAGGCGGGCAACAGUUCAACCUACAUUCAAAAUGCAUUCCAGUUGGUGUUACCUAUUCUACAAAUUGGUGCUGUGUAAUU